AAGUAUCACUAAAAAUGCAUCGCAGGUCAGAGGCUAACAUCCAAACUCACGGUACUCCAUAAACCCAAUGUUUCAUCAAAUUGUCUUGCAAAAGUUAAGUUAAUUAGGCACUUGUUCCUUGAGUUAGCCGCUAGCACUUGAUUGUUUUGCUACUUCACAAGAAUUACAAGUGAAUGCUACGCUAUCAUAUGCCCUUUUUUUUUCCCCACUUAGAUCUCUCUCACUGUUUUUCCUGCCUUCCCAAGCAAAAUCCAACUGGCUAACACACUAAUGCAUCUCAUUGACACACCACCUUUCAUUGAUGUAUAAGCAGAUGUGCUAACAACUGAAGUUUCUAAAGAAACAUUCCACCAAACUUAAAAGAAAACCCCUUUCAUGUUUCCAUAUAUUUCCCUCCCUCCAACACUCCCACAUCAAGGACCACACUUCCACUUUGCACUCCUUUCUCAUUACCCAUCCCCACUAAUCUAAGCCCACAACAAACAAAAGAUGGUGAUGAUGAAGCAUUCUCUCUUCUCUCUCCCACUUCUUCUAUUAGUCUUUUGCCAUUCCACCACCACAUUAGCCCAGUCACCUGCGGCGGCACCAACCGCCCCCGCAGCUACCACCGCGGCAGUUCCCGCCCCGGCACCUUCAACACCCCCAACAGACAUCAUUAGAAUCCUCAAAAAGGCUGGUGGAUUUACCACUCUAAUCCGUCUUCUUCAAACAACUCAAGUGUCCACCCAAAUAAACUCCCAACUCCUAAAUUCAAACGGUGGCUUAACCUUCUUUGCACCAAAUGACAAUGCCUUCUCCAGCCUCAAACCUGGAUUCCUCAACUCCCUCAAUGAUCAACAAAAGAACGAGCUCAUCCAAUUCCACUUGCUUCCCACAUACGUUUCUAUGUCAAAUUUUGAUACUUUGAGCAACCCAGUGAGAACACAAGCUGGUGAAAACCCUGAUAGGUUGGCACUGAACAUAACAGGUUCAGGAAACCAAGUUAACAUGACAACAGGUAUUGUUAAUGUCACAGUGGGCGGUACUGUGUACACUGAUCACCAACUUGCGGUUUAUCAAGUGGACAAGGUUCUUCUUCCUAGAGACUUCUUUGAAGCUAAGCCUCCUGCACCAGCUCCAGCGCCAGAAAAGCCUAAAGGGUCUAAGAAGAAAUCUGCAGAGAGCAAAGCAACUCCUGCAGAUGCUGAAUCUGCUGCUAUGAGUUUGAAACAACGGCAUGUCAUGUGGGUUUCAGUUGCAGUUGCUACAGUUGUUGUGGGAACAUUUUCAUGGUGACGAUUAUGAGAGGUUGGAUGAAGAAUGAAGCAUUGAAAGGUGAAUGAUCAACAUUUUGCAGACUACAGUGUUUUUAAAAUAAUUGGGUUUUCUCCUUUUCUUUCUUUUUUUAUUACUUUUCCCCUCUAAUGAAUCAUGUUUCACGUUGUGGUGAAAAUUAUACUCGAUUUGUGAAGGCAUUAUUUGUUCUGCUAGUUCUCUUUCUCUUUCCUCCCUAAGAAAAAUUCCAUAUCUUGUGUAUU